AUGGCUUGUGGCUUGUCGACCUUUCCUUUCCUCACCGCGCUUGAGUUCGCGCACGCAUGUCGAGUGUUGGCCGAUCGAGCCUGCGCCUGCACAACCGGCUUAGAGGGUCUAGAGGGAGGAGCAGUAGGAGGCUGGUCUUCUAUUCGACUUGUCACACAGAAUGCGAUCGGCCUCAAAAUAACGCGACGGGUGGAUGUCCACAGAGCCGACCUGGACACUGAACUUGAAAGUGUGGAUCCGAGUCUACAGGAUGCACAGGACGCUUCGGCACUAGAUGAGGAGGAGGAUCCGGUCCGCCCCCCAAAGUUUUCUCCUGCCAUCAAAGGGAUACCGCUUAAUACUUCACCGCAGGAAGCCCUGGUCCGUACCGAUGGCCAUCCCAAACUACACAUAGAGUAUGAGAUCCUGCUCUCCCCCACAUACCAAGUUCCCGUCUUGUACUUUGUGCUCCACUGGGACAACCAAGGACCCAUCGGUUUAGAUGCAGUCUACCGGUACCUUGUCCCAGAGUCGUAUAGAAAGCAAUUGAAGAAUGUGGGGGUGAUGGGUGGGAUCAGCUUCGGCGUAGGUGGCAUCCCCUCCCCUCCUCCCCUCGCAACAGAAAACGAAACGAAAAGGUCGACUUAA